AUGAAGCUCACAUUCUUCUUCUUUUUCAUCAUUCGGUUUACAGAAUCUGAACUAAAACCCCAGAAAGGGCCCGCGGUGGUAUGUACUUUUAAAGACAAGACAUACAGUCCAGGAGACAGCUGGCAUCCCUAUCUGGAGCCCUUUGGAUUCAUGUUCUGCAUGCGCUGUGUCUGCACAGAGACAGGUCAUGUGAAAUGUAACACAAUCAAGUGUCCAGCUCUGCCAUGUGAAAACCCAGUAGCUGAGCCUCAGCAGUGUUGUCCAAGGUGCACAGAUGAGCCCAGGAUCCCAGCAGGCCUGAGAGCUUCAGUGAAAUCCUGCAGGUAUAAUGGAAGUAUUUAUCAGCCGGGGGAGACCUUCACUAAGCUCGACCUCUUCCCGUCCAAGCAAAGCAAUCAGUGUGUCAUGUGCACAUGCUCUAAUGGAAACAUCUUCUGCGGUCUGAAAACAUGCCAACGAAUCACCUGUUCCUCGCCCGUCUCAGUCCAAGAUACCUGCUGUUUGGUGUGUAAAGAUCAAGGCACCAGUGGGUCCUCAUCAAUUGAGGAUGGGAACCAGCAACUGAACAGAGGCGUGAGGCAUUCAGUCGACCAGUGCUCCGGAGAGCAGAGCAGGGCACGGUUCGACCGUGCCACUCCUUCCAGGGUCAGGACUUCUCCUCGAGGCCUUAGCCUCAGUAAACUUAACCUCAAAGGGGCUUCAGAGACCACCGUGAAGAUUUUGUUGCAGAGAAAACACCAAAGAGCUUGUUUGUACAAUGGCAAGACGUACUCACAUGGAGACAUGUGGCACCCAGUUUUGGGGAAGGUCCUGGAAUGCAUCCUGUGCACUUGCACUGAUGGUCUCCAGGACUGCAAACGCAUCACGUGUCCCAGACAGUACCCAUGCCAACAUCCUAUGAAAUCAGAGGGGAAGUGCUGCAAGACUUGUCCAGAAAGUACAGAUGGAAGUAACCAGACCCAGUGUUACCUUGGAUAUAAGAAUAGCCUCUUGGUGUAUAAAGUAGAUUCAUCUUUAAAAGUGGAUCCACCCAACACAGUUAGGAUCAUUGCUGUUGAAAGACAAAGUCCUGCUGAGGUUGAAGUGCAAGUAUGGAAGACUGUAGAAGGUGUUUUACAAUUAAUGGAAAUUGGUGACGUUCAAAGAAAAGAUAUUGUGGAUCAUCCAGAAAAUUACACAUUACUUACAACACUUGAUGAAGAGAUGUGGAAAAAAUUUAAAGAGGAGGGAGGAAAUCUGAGUACAGCUCCUCAGACCACAAUUUGUGAGGAUGGCAUUCGGGAGAUGGUGACUUUCCUAAAUCCCAAGCAGAUAGAAGAUGUCUGUUCACCCUAA